GGUUCUGUCUGCAUUUUUUUUUUUUUACAAACAUUAACAUAAUCUUUUGGCAAAUUAAUUAUUUUAUUUGUUACAGGAUAUGAUAAAUAGAUAAAUAAACGAGAAAACAGAUAGAUAUAUCACAAUUGACCCCAGUGGAAAAUCACAUUACAGCAGUAUAAAAAUGGAAAAAACAUAUAUUUGCAUAUUUAAUAUAUGUUAUUUCUUUAAUUACACUGUUUAAAAUCAAUACAACACUAAUCCAACAUAGAUUCAUAUUUAUCUUCCUAAAUAUUUAAUGAAAAGGACCUACACGGCUAAGAAAUACAAAAACUACACUUCCCGGUGUGCACCGCGAGCGCGAGUAAUGAAAACAGGAAGAAAGCGUUCCCAGGAAAAUAAUUGUCAAAUGAGUCAGAGAGGAGCGACAUGUUUGCUGUCCUUCGGCUGAACGGUCCGAAAACGAACCGUCUGACCAAAUGGAUAACAUAACGCGCUUCGUCAGACAGAUGUAGACAGCGCACGCGCCCCGCACGCUUAAUUAUACCCGGUUCAUCAAGGUUCAUCCUUGUCGUAUAAUGGAAAGGGCGAUGGAGCAGCUCAACGUGCAGCUGAACCGGCUAACGCGCUCUCUGCGCCGCGCCAGGACAGUGGAGCUCCCAGAAGACAAUGAGACAGCUGUCUACACACUCAUGCCCAUGGUGAUGGCUGACCAACACAGAUCAGUCUCUGAAUUGCUGCUGAACUCCAAGUUUGAUGUCAACUAUGCUUUUGGACGUGUAAAAAGAAGUCUUCUACAUAUUGCUGCCAACUGUGGGUCAGUGGAGUGUCUGGUCCUUUUACUGAAGCGAGGAGCAAACCCGAAUUACCAGGACAUUUCUGGCUGUACCCCACUCCACCUGGCAGCAAGAAAUGGACAGAAGAAAUGUAUGGGAAGGCUAUUGGAGUACAAUGCAGAUGUCAAUAUCUGCAACAACGAAGGCUUAACUGCUAUUCACUGGCUGGCAGUGAAUGGGAGGACAGAGCUGCUUCAUGACUUGGUGCAACAUGUAUCCAAUGUAGAUGUGGAAGAUGCCAUGGGUCAGACAGCCUUACACGUGGCCUGCCAGAAUGGACAUAAGACUACGGUGCUGUGCCUCCUGGACAGUGGAGCUGACAUCAACAGGCCCAAUGUCUCUGGAGCAACUCCUCUGUACUUUGCCUGCAGCCAUGGCCAGAGGGAUACAGCCCAAAUCCUGCUGCUCAGAGGUGCCAAAUACUUGCCGGACAAGAAUGGUGUCACACCACUUGACCUUUGUGUGCAGGGUGGCUAUGGGGAAACGUGUGAGAUUCUGAUCCAGCAUCAUGCAAGGCUGUUCCAGACCCUCAUUCAGAUGACACAAAAUGAUGACAUAAAGGAGAACAUGCUCAGGCAGGUUCUUGAGCAUGUAUCUCAGCAGACUGACUCUAAUUAUCAGAGGAUCCUCACAAGCCUGGCUGAAGUGGCCACCACUAAUGGACACAAACUGCUCAGUUUGUCUAGUAAUUACGAGGCCCAGAUGAAGAGCCUGCUGAGAAUCGUGCGAAUCUUCUGCCACGUGUUCCGUCUCGGCCCAUCAUCCCCUAACAAUGGGAACGACAUGGGGUACAAUGGCAACAAAACCCCACGCAGUCAAGUCUUCAAGUUUGGUAAGGGAUUAAUUGUAGAUGUGAGAGAUAUGGAUCUGCCCUGCUUCUCAUAUGCCAGUGCUGUUGUUCAGCCUCUGGAGCUGCUGUGGCACUCUCUGGAUGAGUGGCUGGUGCUCAUCUCCACAGAGCUGGAUAGGAAGUGUGGAGACGCGACCUCGUCUUCACCGGGAACUGACAUUGCCUCGCUCCUCCUGAAGCAACGGGAGGCUGACCCCUCUGUUGCCAUGGAAACCCCUGCCCUGCUCCCCCCUUCGCUGGACCCGGAGGUCGUCAUGAAGACCCCAGAGGCUUACGUGGACGGCCAGGAUGUCAUCUCCAUGACAGCCAAUCGCUUGAGCGCUGUAAUCCAGGCCUUCUACAUGUGCUGCUCGUGUCAGAUGCCGCAGGGCAUGACGUCCCCUCGAUUCAUCGAGUUUGUUUGUAAACACGAUGAAGUGCUGAAGUGUUUCGUAACCAGGAAUCCCAAGAUCAUCUUUAACCACUUCCAUUUCCUGCUGGAGUGUCCUGAGCUCAUGUCUCGCUUCAUGCACAUCAUCAAAGGCCAGCCCUUUAAGGACAGGUGCGAGUGGUUCUACGAGCAUCUCCUGGCAGGACAGCCUGACUCGGAUAUGGUCCAUCGGCCGGUCAAUGAGAAUGACAUCCUACUGAUUCAUAGAGACUCAAUAUUUCGUAGCAGCUGCGAGGUCGUGUCCAAGUCCACCAACGAGAAGCUCAAGCAGGGCAUCGCUGUGCGCUUCCAUGGUGAAGAGGGAAUGGGUCAGGGGGUGGUUAGAGAGUGGUUUGACGUUCUCUCUAAUGAGAUCAUCAAUCCAGACUACGCUCUGUUCACACAAUCAGCAGAUGGCACUACAUUUCAACCCAACAGUAACUCCUCUGUCAACCCAGACCAUCUGAACUAUUUCCGAUUUGCUGGUCAAAUCCUUGGCCUGGCUCUGUACCAUCGUCAGCUGGUCAACAUCUACUUCACUCGCUCUUUCUAUAAGCACAUAUUGGGCAUCCCUGUGAAUUACCAGGACGUAUCCUCCAUUGAUCCAGAGUAUGCCAAGAACCUGCAGUGGAUACUGGACAAUGAUAUCAGUGACCUGGGCCUGGAGCUCACCUUCUCUGUGGAGACAGACGUCUUUGGAGCCAUGGAAGAGGUUGCUCUCAAACCAGGAGGAACCAGCAUUCAGGUCACCCAAGAAAACAAGGCAGAGUACGUGCAGCUGGUAACAGAGCUGAGGAUGACUCGAGCCAUUCAGCCUCAGAUCAAUGCCUUCCUGCAGGGCUUCCACACCUUCAUCCCUCCCUCGCUCAUCCAGCUCUUUGAUGAGUAUGAGCUGGAGCUGCUGCUGUCUGGCAUGCCGGAGAUUGAUGUGUUGGACUGGAAGAGAAACACAGAGUACACCAGUGGCUAUGAUACAGAGGAGCCAGUCAUCCAGUGGUUUUGGGACGUUGUGGAGAGUCUAACACAAGAAGAAAGAGUUCUUCUCUUACAGUUUGUCACAGGGAGCUCUCGUGUUCCGCAUGGUGGAUUUGCCUUUAUUAUGGGGGGCAGCGGCUUGCAGAAGUUUACCAUCGCUGCUGUGCCCUACACCUCCAACUUAUUGCCUACCUCUAGUACCUGUAUCAACAUGCUGAAACUCCCAGAAUACCCCAGCAAGGACGUCCUGCGCGACCGACUGCUCGUUGCACUGCAUUGUGGGAGUUACGGCUACACUAUGGCAUGAUGCUGGCCCAUCUGUGGACUUCUAUUGCUGCGACUCCUGCGCCAUAGACACAUACAAACCCAUACUGUACAUGCAAACACACGUACACACGUGAGUGUGUGUGUGUGUGUGUGUAUUUGUAUAACUAUCUUCAGGGAUAUUCUCACACUCCUCUGAAACUUCCUGAAAAGCCUUUGUUUGACUAUGUAUAUGGCAUUAUUUUAGAUACACAGAUCCAACAUACCAGGGCAAGUAUGAAAUGAUGAACGAUUAUUAUUAUAACUUUAAAACUUUACACGUGCCAGUGACUCCAAUCUCUACUGCCAGUGUUCUGUGUCAAAUAUUAUUAUUUUCCGUUCUUCAGUUGUAUUAAGGGAUAUAGUAUGUUUUUUAUUUUAAUUUAUACGUGCUACUUAAUUUAUGUACACUCAUGUACACUCGUAUUAAAGUGUACAACAUUCUAUAAAAUUACAGAUAUAGGAAAAUGCAAACCAUGGCUGGAUAUUAAAUAGAGAACAAAGGGUUUGUCAGGUGGCAUGACAGUGCUGGUCUCCUGUAUGCACAUGUAGUAUCCUCUUUUUUUUUAGUAUGCUGGUAGAGAGUCAUGCUUGAAACGUAAUCUAGAACCUCCCUACUUGUGUCAUGUCUGCCGUUCUGUAGUCUUCGUACUGUUAAAACUUUUUUUAUUUUUGUACAUAGUCUUAAUCGUAAAAUCCUUUAAUGUUGAGUGUUUCCCCCUAAAUUAUCUUGUGAAAAUAUGAGUGAGCAGAUUGGAUCAAUGGUGCCAAAUAUUCCUAACAAAUGCAAGCCUAAAAUUUUUCGUUUUUUUUUUUAUGUAAAAGGGAUAUCAUAUCAUUAUUUUAUGAAUGUAGGAGGUUUAAACGAGUCCUGUCAUAUGUAAGUGUGGUCAUAGGUUAUAUAUUUCUUAAAACUGAUCUCUUUCAUUUGGUUGUAUUUAAAUUUUUUCUCAUUUGUAAACAGACUUGCUUAUUGUAUACAUGAUCUUUCAGGACCUGAUUUCGAAUAUUGAAGGAUGUAUUUUACUACA